AUUGAUAAUAAUGUUUUUAAGAGCUCUUCGUCUCAUAAAUCCAAUGGGAUUGUAAUAUAGAACAUUUAGAUUCUGUUCAACAACUUAAAAUAAGGAGUUAUUAGAAGAAGUUACAGCAAAAGUACUUUAAGUGAUGAAAUCUGCUGCAAAAUGCAAAGUUGAAAAAUUAUCAGAGAAAGUAAAGAAAUUUAAUAUUUAGGCCACAUUUGAAGAAUUAGGGUUUGACUCCUUAGAUGCAGUUGAAAUGGUUGUAGCUUUAGAAGAAAAUUUUGGAUUUGGUAAUAAUUUAAAAAAUUAAUUUACUAGACAUUUAAAAUGAAGAAGCAGAAAGAAUAAAAGGAGUAGGCGAAGCAAUUGCUGUAUUCUAUAAAUACGUUGUGUAGAGGAACUCAACUUCAGUUAAAUAAUGAUUUAUAAUCAAUCACACAAAUAAAAGGAGUG